GUCUGUUACUGUUAUUAUAAUCUAAAUAUCGUUGAAGAAUUGACAUUGGAAGCCGCUUUUUUAUUUAGAUCACAAUUAUUGUGGUAUGGAUGGAGCCUAAUACUCCCAGCUCAUCGUCUGUCACCAGAGCCACAAGGUUUAUGAUGGAAGGUGUUGGAGCAAGAGUUAUAAGAGGACCUGAUUGGAAAUGGGGCAAACAGGAUGGUGGAGAAGGCCAUGUUGGCACUGUGAGAAACUUUGAAUCUCCAGAGGAAGUAGUGGUCGUUUGGGAUAAUGGAACUGCAGCGAAUUACAGAUGUUCAGGAGCUUAUGAUUUACGUAUCUUUGAUAGUGCUCCAACAGGUGUCAAACAUGAGAGUACUAUGUGUGAUACUUGCCGACAAAAGCCAAUUUUUGGAAUUCGGUGGAAAUGUGCUGAAUGCAGUAACUACGACUUAUGCUCAGUUUGCUAUCAUGGAGAUAAGCAUCACUUAAGGCAUAGAUUUUACCGUAUCAGUGCUCCAGGGGCACAGCGCUGUCUUGUUGAGCCUCGGAGAAAGAGUAAAAAACAAGCUGUUAAAGGCAUAUUUCCAGGAGCCAGAGUUGUGAGGGGGGUAGAUUGGCAGUGGGAAGACCAAGAUGGUGGAAAUGGCAGACGUGGUAAAGUAAAUGAGGUUCAAGACUGGUCAGCAGCCAGCCCUCGUUCAGCAGCAUAUGUUGUUUGGGACAAUGGCAGCAAAAAUCUCUAUAGAGUUGGUUUUGAGGGCAUGGCUGAUUUGAAGGUUUUAAAUGAUGUAAAAGGUCAAAAUGUUUAUAAAGAGCAUUUACCACUUUUGGGAGAAUUGGGUCCUGGGCGUGCAGGACCUCAUGGGUUACAAGUUGGUGACCAAGUGAAUGUAGACUUAGAUUUAGAAAUAGUCCAAUCACUACAGCAUGGUCACGGCGGAUGGACGGAUGGUAUGUUUGAAUGUCUCAGUACCACCGGCACUGUUGUUGGAAUAGAUGAGGAUCACGACAUAGUGGUCACUUAUCCUAGCGGUAAUAGAUGGACCUUCAAUCCAGCUGUAUUGACAAAGGUGUGCAGCGGGACGAUGAGCGCGUCGCCGUCGGCGGCGAGCGCGGGCGGCGCGUUCGCGGUGGGCGACCUGGUGCAGGUGUGCGCCGACCGCGAGCGCGUCAAGCUGCUGCAGCGCGGGCACGGCGAGUGGGCCGAGGCCAUGGCGCCGACGCUCGGCAAAAUUGGUCGCGUGCAGCAAAUAUAUCACGAUAACGAUCUCAAAGUAGAAGUCUGCAACACUUCAUGGACUUACAAUCCGAAUGCGGUCAAUAAAGUGGCGUCAUUCGAUGGCAGCAUUCCAGGAAAUUCAUCAGGGGAUCGCCUGUCAGUUCUUUUGAAAAAGUUAUUUGAAACUCACGUGACGGGAGAUGCGAACGAGGAGCUCGUGAAAGCGGCCGCUAACGGCGAUGCGGCCCGCUGUGCCGACAUCCUCGCGCGGACGGACGGCGCGCAGGCUGACGUCAACGGCGUCUACGGAGGGCACACUGCGCUGCAGGCGGCGGCACAGAACGGUCACGUGGAGGCGGUCCGCGCCCUGGUGGAGGCGGGCGCAGAGGCGGACGCGGAGGACCGCGACGGCGACCGCGCGGCGCACCACGCGGCCUUCGGAGACGAGUCCGCGGCGCUCCGAGUACUCGCCAGCGCUGGCGCAGACCUCAACGCACGGAACCGCCGCCGACAGACGCCGCUACACAUUGCGGUCAACAAGGGACAUCUGGCCGUAGUGCGCACGCUGCUGCAGCUGGGCGUGCAUCCUAGCCUUCAGGAUUCUGAAGGAGACACGCCUUUGCACGAUGCUAUAUCGAAGAAGCGCGACGACAUAUUGACUUUACUAUUGGACCACGGGGCUGAUAUGACACUCACGAACAACAAUGGAUUUAACGCUUUGCACCACGCUGCGCUUCGAGGCAAUCCAAGCGCCAUGAAGAUAAUGCUCGGCAAGCUGCCUCGUCCGUGGAUAGUCGAUGACGCGAAGGAUGACGGAUACACCGCACUGCACCUGGCCGCGUUCAACAACCACGCGGAGGUCGCCGAGCUGCUCGUCCGCGGGGGAGCGCGCCCCGACCUCCAAAACGCGAACUUGCAGACCGCGCUCCACCUCGCCGUAGAGCGACAGCACACGCAGAUCGUCAGACUACUCAUCGCUCACGGGGCUAAUCUCAACAUCUGUGAUAAGGACGGCGACACCCCUCUCCACGAGGCGCUCAGACAUCACACUCUCCAACAAUUGCGACGCUUACAAGACGCUCGAGACCCUUCACUGCUCAGUGGCAUCGCGCAUGCGCAUGACAAAAAGUCCUCUGCCUCUAUCGCCUGCUUCCUUGCCGCGCAUGGCGCUGAUCUUACAGUCAAGAAUAAGAAAGGCCAGACGCCAUUGGAUUUAUGUCCAGAUCCGAAUCUCCAAAAAACGCUAACAACAUGCCGCAAAGAAGGUACUGGAAUGUCUAUCGACGGAACACCAGAAACCGAGACGGGACCCGUACCCGGUGGAAGCGGUGCCGCGGCUGCAACGGAAGCUCCCACCGUAGAGGCCCCGCCCAGUGACCCCACCGCGGAUGAGUGCCUCGUGUGCUCCGACGCCAAGCGAGACACACUUUUCCGCCCGUGCGGACACAUUUGCUGCUGUAAUGUCUGCGCUGCAAGAGUGAAAAAGUGCCUGGUGUGUCGCGCGGGCGUGUCUUCCCGUCAGCGCGUGGGCGAAUGCGUGGUGUGCUCGGAGGCGCCGGCCACGGUGGUAUUCCGGCCGUGCGGCGACGUGUGCGCCUGCGCCGCCUGCGCGCCGCUCAUGCGCAAGUGCGUGGAGUGCCGCACGCCGCUGCAGCCGCCGCCCGCCGCGCCCGCCGCGCCCGCCGCUCCGCCCGCGCCCGCGUUGCCGGCGCACAGCGCGCAGCCGAAGCAUGAACCUUCUGGAAGUGGCGAGGGUGGCAGCAACCUGGCGUUGGUGCAGGUGAACAAAGGGCAGCCGGCCCCCGCGCCUGCUGCGCCGCAUCUCUUGAACAACGGCUCCCGCUCUGCGCCCGCUGUCGCCUCCGCCGUCGCUUCCGCCACCGCCACAGCUACCACCUCCGCUCCCGCCGCCGCGGAUGUCCAAAAACUGCAGCAACAACUGCAGGACAUAAAGGAACAGACUAUGUGUCCGAUCUGCCUGGACAGACUGAAGAAUAUGAUAUUCCUGUGCGGACACGGCAUGUGCCAAAUGUGCGGCGACCGGAUCACCGUCUGCCCGAUCUGUCGCAAGCAAGUCGAGAAACGCAUUCUUCUCUACUAAGCGCGGUACCGAGUAUAACAUUUAUUGUUUGUUUAAUAAAAUUAAAUCAUAUAAAACUACAUAUUGUUGUACCAAAGUUUUAUUAAUUGUAGGUAAGUUUAUGUUUGAAAUAUAUGUUAGUAUUAUUAAAUACUAUGGAGGAAAUGCUUACGAAAGCUUUGCUUUCUAGUUCGUUUGAAGUCUGAAAGUUAAUUUUAAAAUAUGAUACGUUAAUAUAUUAAGAAAAUUUAAUGACUGCCAAAUUUUGAAAAUUUACACUGAGCAUAGUUGGAAAUUGUUACGCUACAGCAAUCACAUCGUACAACAUUUACCUUAUAAAGUAAUGCCUUAGCUUCGUUGCCAAACAAUCGUCAAAGUGUGAAUAAGCAAUUAGGAACUUAAAUCAAUCGUAUAAUAAAAUACCUACUUGAAUUUUAAGCGCCUAUUUCAUAUUCUAAUUCAAAUAUGUUUAAUGAGUAGUUGGCUUCGAAAAUUACAAAAAAAAAGAAAAAUUAUGUAUACCUAUUGUUAAAAGUUAAGUUUUGAUUUAAAAUGUUAAUAUGAAAAAAUAAUAUUACAGUAAAAUUUUAAUCCUAUGAAGUGCCUAGAGGUAAGUGCAAUCAAAAUAAUCAAUGAGUUUGAUGUAUUUUGUCAAGUUAUCAUCUUGUAUUAAUUCGAAGUUACUUGUGCUUUCACUUAACAUCUAACAAAUAGAUAUUAAGUGAAAGCAAAAGUAACUACGAAUUAAUACAGUUCGGCCAGAACAAAACUAUUCUGGACUACCGUUACAAAGGUAGACUUUCGUAAUAAAUGCUUCAAAAAUGACUAUUAUAUAUAACGGUAAAAAAAACAGAUUUACGGUUUCUUUAGUUCUAAAUAAACAAUAUUUAUGUAAUACAGUGCUUUUUUGGGCAAAAUAAAUAUUUCUUAGUUACAACCGUGCAAAAAAAAAAUCUGACUGGCAGAAAUUCGGUCACGGAACAGCCAUAGAGUAAUCACUACUCACUUUUAUAGUCCGACUGGAUGCCAAUGUUUCACAACCGGAUAGAGAUGAGAACACGAUGAACGAGAUGAGAGGGACGAGAGAGUAGUAUUACAUAUAGAUUACUAUAGAAAUAAUUGAAUACCUUAGAAUUUAUUGGCCAAAAAAUCCUAAUAUACUUUAUUCGCCUGAAUCGGAUUUUGAAGCCAGUUUUAUCAACCGGCAUCUGCAAUUACGACAUAGAUUAGUCGAAUAAAAUUAAACUUUAUACUGCAUUUUUUUACUUCUUGGUAUUUUCUUGGUUUUUUAAUAAAAUGAGUUGCAAACAUUUUAUGUCAAUCUAUAAGUAGGACAUUUUAGUUCGUCUGUACCACUCAUAUAACUAUACAUGACGCAUCUACCGGUGGUAAAGCUUUAUAUAGGCUCCUCAGUUAUUCUGCGUUUAAAUAUAUAUAAUUUAUUGCCAUGUAUCGAUUUAAAGGAUGAUUGAACCAGAGCAUUUAAAGACGCAAGGAAUCAUUACAUUUAAAACCCUAUGAUUAGCGCCUUGAAGGUGUAAACAACGAAUUUUACUUCUGCAAGCGUCUAUGGAUGAAGGUCACCUGCCAUCAGGCGGCCCACAUGCUCAUCUUGCUACCAACAGAAUUUUAUAAACAGCGACUGCAUAUCAUAUUAUUUCAAUGGCUUCCUCAAUAUACCUGAGGAUUCAAGUAAAGGUAUAUACAAUUAGAAAGCAUUAACAAAACGCAUCGUUGCCUUAUUUUUAUGAUACUUUGUUAUUUUUCGUUAAAAUAGAUAUACAGUCUUAGUAAAAUAAUACAUGUUAUAGUUAUUAAUAGACUCAUAAUUAUAUAACUAUUAAGGUAUUUUUAUUUGUACAAAAUCUACAACUUUGUUUCAGAAUUGUUGUGACCAAUAUAACAUACGACUGUUACGCAUACUUAAUUUUUAUUGUAGUGUUACCUAAUUUUUAUAUACAUUAUAUAAGUUUAGUACUGUAUUUAAUUUUUGUACUUAUUUAUCAAUUUCUUAUAAUUGGUUAUUAAGAUGUCAACUCAGCAACUGAUACAUUCGAAAUUGCAUUUAAUUUUUAAAAAAAUAACAGUGAUACUCUAUACGAUAUAAUUACUGUAGUAAACUUUAACAACCGCUGUGAGAAUGCGUUCCCGAGAGCUCCGUGAUCGAAGAAUUUAUAAAAUAAAAUAUUUAUAUAUACAUAUAUAUUUAAUCCAUAGUUGAUACAAGGUUAUGUCAACUGUUUAUUUUUAGUUGUGUAUCACCAUUGAUGACCCACUGACCGACGUCAGAAACGCAUCUCUUAGCGCCUGAACUUUAACGGUACGAUUACCUAAGAUAUUUAUAUACAAAUGACAUACUUACAAAACCUUUUUUACGUUGUAAAAAUAAUGCUCAUUGUAUUUUUUUUCAAGUUUCAUUGUUUCAUUACUUAGAAAUUAUCCUAACUUAGAAAGUCUAAAACAACCUUUUACUAACAACUAAAUCUUUAAUAUACUUAUUAUUUUUAACUUUUAAAGUAUCAUUUAAAAAAAUACUAUAGUGUAUUUCAACUAACUCCACCACGCUGCUCUAAUGCGGAUUGGUGGAUUGACUCACUGAAAGAAAACUACAAUAAAAAUUCCAAGCCCUGUAGGAAGGCAUACAAGACAGCGGAUGCACAGCGCAUUGUACAGAUUGGUCAUGACCUUGUUUCGCAUCCUAGGGGCUCCCGUAACUUCUGGCGUCUGACCAAGUCUGUGCAAAACAAUUUCUGUCAAUCUUCGCUGCCACCGCUCAGAAAUCCGGACGGAUCGCUAGCUCACAGUCCGCAAGAGAAAGACGAUCUCCUGGCUAAACUCUUUGCCGAUAACUCAGUCAUCAAUGAUUGUAGUGCGCUGCCACCUACAAUACCUUCAUGUGGCCAUACGAUGCCUGACAUCAAAAUCAGGCAACGUGAUGUGCGUGCAGAGCUGCAAUCACUUGAUGUACGGAAAGCUAGCGGUCCCGAUGGAAUACCAGCCAUAGUGCUGAAGAAGUGCGCGGCGGAGCUGUCUUCUGUGUUAACGCGCCUGUUCCAAUUCCUGUUCUCUUUCUCUCUUUUCGGGAUGUGUGCCGGAGGCUUGGAGAAGAGCUAAUGUGCAAGCGGUUCAAUAAAAAGGGGAUCAAUCUUACCCGGCAAAUUAUCGGCCAAUAGCUAUCACCUGAGUACUUUGUAAGGUGAUGGAACGGAUUGUAAACAAACAACUGAUCCAUUACCUAGAAGAUCACUGUCUAAUUAAUGAUCGUCAGUACGGGUUUCGACCAAAACGGUCUACAGGUGAUCUUCUAGCGUACGUAACACACCUCUGGGGUGAAGCUAUCGACAAGCAUGGGGAAUCGUUGGCUGUCAGCCUCGAUAUCUCCAAGGCUUUCGACAGGGUCUGGCACAGAAGUCUUCUCUCCAAGCUGUCGGCAUAUGGUCUGCCUGCUCAGCUUUACACCUGGAUUGCCAGCUUCCUACACAAGCGUAGCCUUCGUGUUUUAGCUGUUGGUUGCGCUUCACAAUUCUAUGUAGUGAAUGCUGGGGUCCCCCAGGGAUCUGUGCUAUCUCCCACACUCUUUCUUCUGCAUAUCAAUGAUAUGGUCUCUCUUGGGAACAUACAUUGCUAUGCGGACGAUAGUACAGUGUAUGGUGGAUAUCACGGACGCGCAGUGGCUAAGCGAGCGGAAAUUGAGGAGAGGCGGAAGGAUCUUGUCAUUGAACUCGAUAGGACAUUGAACUCAUCGCCAAAUGGGGCUCUGAUAAUCUUGUUGAGUUUAAUGCCAAGAAAACAGAGGUAUGCGCUCUCACAGCGAAAAAGUCAACAUUUUCCCCCUUUCCUCUUCUCUAUGACUGCCGAGCGCGAGAUGAAAAUUCAGAGGUGCUUGCCCGCAACCCGCAAGAUUCUGUUGAGAUUCAUGUUUUCGAACCACUUUGCCAUCUCGGCUCUCUUCUUUUUUUUCUAUUUAUUUACACAAAAAUAAUAUAAUUUCGCUUUAAUCAUCAUUUUUAAUUAAAUUAAUGUCUUUGAUCUGAAAACGAACCCAAGAAAUAAAUAUUAAUUUUGAUCUUUUGGUAGGAAAACGACCAAGAACAUACAUACAUUAUAGUGACCAAAUAAUUUAUUUUUCAUGCUUCAGAAACAUGUUUUUUUAUAAAAUUAUAUUAGAUGUGUGCGUCAGUUAUAAUAACUUAAAAAUGUUUGUAGAUAAAUCUGAACUAUGUAUAUGUAGUAUUUAUUAUU